AUGCAAUCUGCGAUUUCUCCGUCACAAUCACAAAUUAUAUCUUCCACUUUUGAGCAAAACUGUCUUUAUGUUGAUCGUUUUUCCAGUUCGUAUUCGUUGCUUGGUGCAUUAGCGCUAUCUGGUAGUUAUAUGACGGACUGGUUAGAAAUCGCGGCCAGUAUCCUUCUGUGGAUGGCAAUUUCAAAUACAGUUUUGUACCUGGGAGCUGCUCUGGUUGCUUUACUCAUGAUGCGUCGACAUCCAUACGUUAUACUGUUUAUACAUCCUCUUGCAGCAAUGUGCGUCAUUGGUCCAGUGACAGUUGGGCUGACAACGUCACUAGUGUUGGCGUACGCUCUUUCUGCAUCUGAUAAGGAGAUCAGUCCUUGGCACUGUAUGGUGCUAGGCAUCUUUCAAAGUAUUAUGUUAGUCUUUGUGUCUUUUAGUAGAUUAUUAGGCACCUUGUAA